UUUUCGGAGGGGUUUCACGUCCGUCUCCCACCGGGAGGGAGUUUCGCCGAGGAGCCGGCUCAGCUGCGGGCAUGGAGUGCGAGAGGUGCCAGUGCCACGGCGAGGAUAAGAACACUGCCAUCCUCUACACCCUCCUCAGCCAGAACCUGCAGCCCGGGCGGGCCCGGCAGCGCUGCCUGUGCCACCAGCGCCGCACCGUCCGGCUGCGCACGCCCCACGUCACCUGCCAGGCGGCCUCCGGCGUGCUGGUCAAAACCAUCAGCUUCAUGAAAAACCUGCCUUCCUUCCACCUGCUGCCGAAGGAGGACCAGCUCCUGCUGCUGGACGGCUGCUGGGUGCCCCUCUUCCUGCUGGGGCUGGUGCAGGAGAUGGUGACCUUCGAGGUGACGGAGGCGCCGGCCCCCAGCAUGCUCAAGAAGAUCCUCCUCAGCGGGCAAAGCAAAGGGCAGGAGCCUGAGAGGACACAGCCCACGCUGGCCGCAGUGCAGCGGCUGCAGUGCUGCCUCAACACCUUCUGGAGCCUGGAUCUGAGCCCCAAGGAAUACGCCUACCUGAAGGGAGCCAUCCUCUUCAACCCAGACAUCCCCGGCCUGAGGGCUUCCCUCUACAUCGAGAGCCUGCAGCGGGAGGCCCAGCAAGCCCUCCAGGAGCUCCUGCAGCCGCUGCACCCCGAGGACCAGGGACGCUUUUCCCACAUUUUACUGGUGGCCUCCACCUUGAAAUCCAUCCCCCCCGCCCUCAUCACAGAUCUGUUCUUCCGGCCCGUCAUCGGCGACGCCGACAUCGCCGAGCUGCUGGUGGAGAUGCUCUACGAGGCUCCGGGGCUGUGCGUGCCCUGCUGAGCACCCCAGGACGCUCCCCACGCCUUGCCAGGAUCCACAGCAGAUCCAGGAGCGGGGAUUUCGGGGGAGAGAAGCGCUCCGGACUCUUUGGGAACUGCGCGUGUUCCGUUGGGGCUGAGGCUGGAGGAUCCGUGCAGAAGCAGCUCCGGCUCAGCAGAUGUUUACAGCGGCUCCUGCUGGCCUCCAUUUCGUGGAGUGUGAGGGAUUUCCUUCCCUGUUCCCUGUUCCCCCCUGCCUGUGAGCUCUGGCAGAGCCUGAUCCCAGUUUUUCCCCUCAGUCCCAGUUCCACAAUGUGAAAUCAUUGAGCAUUUUGCUGUUAACUCCGAGCGCUGAGGGUUGUCCUCAGCUGACAGCUCGAUCCUGGGCUGUUUGGUGGCCUCAGUGGAAUCACU